GCGGCCUCUGCCUCCGCCCGGCUGGGAAGAUGACGGUGGGGAGGCCUGCGGGAGCCCCCGGCGACGCGGCGCGGAGCCGUCAGGUGUUUCCCCCCGGGUCCUCCUCGGACACAGAGGCCGAAGAGGAGCUCUCUGGGCACAGGCUGGCUUGGCCCAGGGCUGGCAGGCUCGCCGAGUUCCUCAGCCCAGAGCAGGAGACGGCCUCGGCCUCGGCCUCAGCGGGCAGCUUGGACGAGAACUGGCAGGUGCUGGCGCAGAAGGGCGGGUGGGGCCUGCUGGAGUCUCUCUUUCUGUCGGAGGCAGACAGCGACGAUGACGAUGACGAGGACCUGGAGCGCUUCUUCCAAGACCAGGGCAGGGGGAAGCCGCAGGUGGCGCAGCGCCCGCCCGCCAGGCGUGGCUCCACGAGGCGCUGCAGCUCCCUGGGCAGCCUCCCCUCGCACAGCGCCAGGGCUCAGCCCCCGCCGCCCUCGGGCUCCACACCUCCGUCCCAGCGCAGAAGCGUCAGCUCCUGGGCCUCCUCCAUCACCGUCCCCCGGCCCUUCCGCAUGACGCUGCGCGAGGCCCGGAAGAAGGCGCAGUGGCUGGCCUCGCCUGCCUCUUUUGAGCAGGAGAGGCAGCGGGCCCAGCGGCAGGGCCAGGAGGAAGCCGAGUGCCACCGGCAGUUCCGGGCGCAGCCUGUGCCCGCACACGUCUACCUGCCCCUCUACCAGGAGAUGGUGGCGCGCAGCGAGGCCCGCAGGCAGGCGGGGAUCCGGAAGAGGAAGGAGCUGCUCCUGGCGUCCCUGAAGCCCUUCAGCUUCCUGGAGAAGGAGCAGCAGCGACAGGAGGCCACUCGGCAGAGAGACUUGGCUGCCACAGCCAAGGCCAAGAGCCCCAAGCAGAAGGCCGCCAGACGGAUCCCCAAGGCCGUUCUGGAGCCAGCCCUUGGGGACAAACUCCAGGAAGCUGAGCUGCUCAGGAAAAUUCGCAUCCAGAUGCGAGCCCUGGACACGCUCCGCGCGGCCUCCUCUCCAGUCCAGGCCACCGGCAGCCAGGCUGCCCCACGGCGCCGGACAGCCAGCCGCACCCAGGAAGCAAAGCUGGGGUUUCUGCAGACGGACUUCGAAUUCCAGCCUCGGGUGAACCCGGUGGUCCCAGACUACGAGGGCCUUUACUGGGCCUUCCAGAGGAGAGCUGCCAGAGGGCGGCAAAGCCGGGAGGCCACUCGCAGCAAGCCCUUCCUGCUGAGGACUGCCAACCUGCGCCACACCCAGCGGCCCUGUGCCACCGCCACAGCCGCUGGGACAAGGGACUGCCCCCCGCCGCCGGCCGCGCCGCUGCGGAGGAGUCGCUCUCUGAGCGGCCUCGCCUCGCUCUCUGCCAACACCCUCCCGGUGCACAUCACAGAUGCCACCAGGCGGAGGGAAGCUGCGGUCAGAAGUUCACUUGAAAAAAAGGACAAAGCAGAUGAGAGUAUUCAGUGGCUGGAGAUGCACAAAAAGAAGUGGCAAGCAAUGUCUAAAUCUGUGACCUUGCGUGCAAAAGCCAUGGAUCCCCAUAAAAGCCUGGAAGAGGUGUUCAAAGCAAAGCUGAAAGAGAACCGGAAUAAUGACCGUAAAAGAGCAAAAGAAUAUAAGAAAGAAUUGGAAGAAAUGAAGAGGCGAAUACAAACAAGGCCCUACCUCUUCGAGCAAGUCACCAAGAACCUUGCCAGGAAAGCAGCAGAACAACGGUAUCGAGACACCCUGAGCCAGGCUGGGCUGGAGGAAGAAUUUGUGAGGGACAAGGGUCAAGACAGCAGCACUGCACAGGGGGAGGUGGAAGGCAGAGUCAAGGAUUCGCGCAGCACCCAUGAAAUUCUAAAACUCAGCAUCAGAGACCCACAGCAGGCUUCUGAAGAAUCUCCAGGAUGGGCCACAAAUCCCAAGAAAGGACUGGAAGAGCUAAAUUACAAAUCGCCAGAAAACCUCAAAUCACUUGUUUAAUCAGUACACUUAAAAUUGUACUUUUGAGCACUGGUAAGCACCUAACUUGUGGCUAAUUAAGGCCAGACUUGCUGUUGAGAGAAUAGGGAAAAGACUCACAGCAGGUACUGGAAUGGGUGAGGAAAUCAAAGCAGAAACACACAGGGUAGAGGGAUCAUAACCCAGAGCUAAGGGUUCCUCCUCCACCUCACACCGGGUACACAACAGAGAAAAGGGUACAAGCCAGAUGCUUAUAGGGGCUAGUCAAACUUGGUGGGAUAGCAGGAGACAGUAGACUGGAAUCAACCUGCUGGGUGGAAUGCAGGCCCAGAAUUCCCAGGUCUGCCACAUUUCAUAAGAAGCCAGACAUCUGCACGCUGAAAUACAUCUAUCAAAUUUAACCUAUGGUAGGCCAGCACCGCGGCUCGCUCACUAGGUUAAUCCUCCGCCUGUGGCGCCGGCACCCAGGGUUCUAGUCCCGGCUGGGGCGCCAGAUUCUGUCCCGGUUGCUCCUCUUCCAGUCCAGCUCUCUGCUGUGGCCUGGGAGGGCAGUGGAGGAUGGCCCAAGUCCUUGGGCCCUGUACCUGCAUGGGAGACCAGGAGGAAGCACCUGGCUCCUGGCUUCAAAUUGGUGCAGUGCGCCAGCCAUUUGUGGGGUGAACCAACAGAAGGAAGACUUUUCUGUCUAACUCUGCCUGUCAAAAAAAAAAAAAUUAAACCUAUGGGGGCUGGCACUGUGGCACAGCAGGGAAAGCCACUGCCUGCAGUGCUAGCAGCCCAUUCAAGCACCAGUUCAAAUCUCAGCUGCUCCACUUCUGAUCCAGCUCCCUAAUGUGCCUGGGAAGCAGAGGAAGAUGGCCCAAGUCCUUAGGCCCCUGCACGUACAUGGGGACACCCAGAAGCUACUGACUUCUCGCUUCAGAUCGGCCCAGCUGCGGCCACUGCACUUUUCGGGAGUAAACUAGCAGAAGGAAGAGCUUCCUCUGACUCUGCCUUUCAAAUAAAUACAUAAAUCUUAAAAUAUUAGCCCAUCGAGGAUGACAGAUUUGCAGCUUCUGGUACAAGGUUUCUCAGUCUCAGCACUGUUGCUAUUUUGGGCCAGAUAAUUCUCUGUUGGGGUUGAGGAAGGGAGCUGUCUGUGUGUUGGAGGAUGUUUAGCAGCACCCCUGGCCUCAACCUACUAAAUACUAGCAGCAAACCCCUUACCUGCUGUUUGACAGCCAAAAAUGCUUCCAGACAGUACCAAAUGUUCCCUGUGGGACAAAAAUGUCCGUGGUUGAGAACCAAGUGCUCUAAAAUAAAAGCAAGGCCACAGGAAGCAAAACCUGGCAUUUAAAGAAUUUAAGUAAUUGCAUGAAUUCAGUAUACACAGUACAAGGUGAUUAUGCACGUUGUUAGCAAAUGAAGAACUGUAGGGGCCGCACUGUGGCGUAGCACGUAAAGCUGCCGCCUGCAGUACUGGCAUCCCAUAUGGGUGCCGGUUUGAGUCCCAGCUGCUCCACUUCCAAUCCAGCUCUCUGCUAUGGCCUGGGAAAGCAGUAGAAGAUGGCUCAAGUGCUCAGGGCCCUGCACCCAUGAGGGAGACACGGAGGAAACUCCUGGCUCCUGGCUUCUGAUCGGCAUGGCUCUGGGCAUCGUGGUCAUCUGGGGAGUGAACCAGUGGAUGGAAGACCUCUCUCUGCCUCUGACUCUCUAACUCUAUCAAAUAAAUAAAUCUUUAAAAUAAAAACUGUAAUGACGUUGUCUUACAGAGCAGUUGAUUCUUUGAUGUCAUCAGUUGAGAAUGUCCCCCAUGUGCACGUCUUUGUGUAUGUGUCAG